AUGGUUCUCGCUCUGACCUGGCGACUAGCAACACCCACCGCCCGGCGCUCGACAUUCUUUCCUCCUUGCGUUCCUGGUCUUCACCACGUGAUCACCACUUCACCACGCUUCCGCUCCCACACCAUGGCUCCUCCUGCUGCUGUUCGUUUGUCGUCGUCCAAAUCCGCCGGCGGUGCGAUGCAGAUGCAGAUUGACGACCUGAUCGAGAUGCCCCGACCUGGCAUAGCGCUUCCCAACCCUUCGGGAUCGUAUGCGCUGUGGCCAUCGUCGACCUUUUCCUUCAAGCACGGUGGGCAAACCAACAAGGCCAUCUAUGCCGUGGAUCUCCAACAAAAAGGAUCGGCCACCACCACGUCGACGGGAGCGAGCGCGUCGUCGCCUCGAUUGGUGCUCGACCACCUCGCCGACACCCAACUGGCGUGGAUCGACGAUCGCGUAUUCAUCUUUGUCCGAGCCGCACUCCCCGAGGGUGAAAGCCCCAGCCUCAACUCGCAAGGUCAACGAGUCGAUCAUCCCGUGGAUCUGAAUGACAAGGAGCGCUCCAAACGAAGGGCCGCCCUCGCAGACAAAGUUGAGGGGUCCGAGCUGUGGGCCAAACACGUCAUCACCGGCGAAGAGUACAAGGUCGCAGACCUCCCCGUCAGGUCAGUCGUAGCAUCCUAUGGCAUGAGGCAUGUAGACACAUGUCAAAGUUGACCUUCGUCAUUUCGAAUGCUGCACCAAAUCCACACACGCUGCUCUCAGCGUGUCCGAUCUCCAAGCGCUCAACACCUCGGACGACAAGACCGAGUCCGCCCUCUUGUCCUUCACCGCCAAAGUAUUCCCCGACGGUGACUUGUUCUCGGUCGCAAAGCACAAGAAGCAGCAGGCUCAGGACGCUCGUGGUUCCGACGUGCGAGGUGAGCUACUUUUCUAACCCUUGGCACAGAGCCCCAGCUCGCUCUGACCGCGUUCUUCCUCGAUAGUUUACGACUCGCUUUGGGUCCGUCACUGGGACGAGUGGUCCACCACGGUCGGUGAAAAGACGCAGAUUUUUGUCCUCCGCCUGACGAAGAACCCCGAAUCGCUCGACAACGAGCAAGCCGACGAACCCGAGGGCUUUACCCAAGUCGUUUCACCCGACAGCAAGUGGAGGGUCCUUCAUAGUCGAGGAACGGCGUUGACUGCUGCUCCGACCAAGGGAGGCAGUUCCAUGACGGUCUUGUCCCCUUUGGCCAAGACUCAGCUGGAGGCUACCGAUUACUCAAUCUCCAAGACGCGCAUCGUGUUCCAGGCCAAGGAUCCGCUCGUCAACAAGGCAAGUAUAAGCAGCGACAUCCCAACGAACCUCCUUAGGGGUCUCUUAGAGCAACCGUCUGAUUCAACGUUCUCGUGAGCUGUAGGCAUGGCACACUCGCACUCAGGUCUACCUCGUUCCUCUCGAUCCCAAGAAUGAGAAAGAUGCCGAACCUCGACAGAUCACCCUUGGCACCCAAGGAGCGGCCUCGUCUCCCGCUUUCUCCACCGAUGGCCAACGCGUCGCAUGGCUCGAGAUGCGCGAGGAUGGCUACGAAGCCGAUCGUAACCGCGUCAUGAUUUACGAGGUCGAAGCAAACAAGCGAUGGGGAGCGACCGAGGAGCAAUGGGACUGCUCGCCUUCCAAAGUCAUUUGGUGCCCCUGUGGCGAAAAGAUUUACCUCAUUGCUGAGGAUGCAGGCUACGGCAAAUUGUUUCAACUUGGAAUACCCAGGCCGUCCAAGCACGACGCAAGUUCCUUGAAGAAUCCCUCGCUGCCCGAACCUCACAAGCUUACGCAUCGUCAUACCGUCGCUGCCGCGAUCCCGUUGUCCACGAGCUUGCUGCUGCUGACGACGAACUCUUUCGUCGGUCCCAACGUCGUCUCGACCUUGACCAUCUCGGCGCCCAAGAAAGACUUGACCGAUGCAGUCAAGGUCGAAACAGAGGACGACCCGAACCCGGAUCGACCACCAACCACGCACCUGCAACGCAUCGCCUCCUUGACCGAUGACCUCGCCUCAACUCGCGGUUUAGACGAAGGUGAAUCCUUCUGGUUCGCCGGGUCCGAAGGGAUCCAAGUUCACGGGUGGAUCUUGUUCCCUCCUGAACUACAAGGAGGUGCCGAAGCAAGAAAGGCUUUGUUGGAAGAUGGGAAGGCGAAGAAGAAGUUCCCUUUGGCUUUCUUGGUGCAUGGGGGACCUCAGGGAGCAUGGACGGAUUCUUGGUCGACGAGGUGGAACCCCAAUGCAUUUGCGAGUCAUGGUUAUAUUACCGUCGCAAUCAAGUAAGUUCAUCUCAGACUGGCAAUUCUGUCGCCCACCUGCUCACCCACUGAGCUCAUAUUCCUCUGGCGAUCUCGAAAUAGCCCGACCGGUUCGACGGGCUACGGCCAAGAAUUUUGCGACCGCAUCAAGAAUCAGUGGGGUGGUCGCCCAUAUCAAGACCUCGUCGCCGGUCUUGACUUCGUCAAGCAAGCUUACCCCGAGAUCGAUGAUCAGCGCAUGUCGAUGCUCGGAGCAUCUUACGGAGGGUUCAUGGUACGUCGAUCCGUGUCACUAGUCUAUGCUUAUCGCUUGCUGACCAGCAAGGUCUCUGAGAACGGGCGUACAGGCGAAUUGGAUCCAAGGCCACAACUCCACCCUUGGCUUCAAGUGCAUCGUCUGCCAUGAUGGCGUCUUCAGUACACCCGGGGUAUGGUACACUACCGAGGAGUUGUACUUCCCCGAACACGAGUUUGGCGGAACGCCGUGGGAGGUGCCGGAGAAUUAUAGUCGGUGGAACCCGCAGAACCAUAUCUCGAAGUGGAAGACGCCUCAAUUGAUUAUUCGUGAGGCAUCUGGGCCAUGAACCCAUGUCAUUGUGAUGGUGAUGGAUCGACUGACACUGUUAUCCCGAAUGCGUCACAGACGGCGGCAAGGAUUACCGCCUCGUCGAAGGUGAAGGUCUAGCGGUCUUCAACACCUUACAACGUCUCGGCGUACCUUCGCGUCUCGUCUAUUUCGAGAGUGAGAACCACUGGGUCAUGGCGCCUCAUAAUAGUCGCCGUUGGCAUGAGGAAGUCUUUAAGUGGCUUGCUCACUGGACUUCCGACGAAUAA